AUGAGUAGUGCCUGGAAGUUAUGGGGAGAUGACCCUGAUACGGCUGCUUCCUGUGACAUGGAAAGCUUCACUGAGCCAGACGAGACCACUUACAUUAGCUUGGUUAAUACUUUCUUUGAUCGAAGAUGGACCUACUUGCCAGUGCUCCAUCGACCAAGCUUUGUGAGCGAACAUCUGACGCCGUUCCUCGCGCGCUCGCCUACAAAAGUGACUUCAAAUUUCCUCGUCAACAUUGUGUGUGCGAUUGCCGCCACAGACAAGGCAUGGGCUCAGCAAUGGGAUCUCCAACGCCACAAGCAGUUUUUUAGACGGGCUAUUCAAGACGUUUACGUGCUGAGUAGCAUUGAAGAUUUUGAGUGCAUGCAGUGCUUUCUACUUCUCUGCAUGUAUGGUCAUAACGAACCGCAAUCCGUCAAUAUGUGGUACACUUCUGGGAUUACCCUGCAGAUGGCUAUAGACCUGGACCUACACAGAAAAGAAAGCAUUUCGGGCCAAAGUCUUCUUCGCGCCGAACUGUCCAAGAGGGUCUUCUGGAGUGCCUACGUGACUCACUGCAGCAUGGCAAUCAACAUGGGAAGACCUCUCGCAAUACAGGAAUCCGACAUAACUGUACCGCUGCCUCUACAGUUAAGAGAUGAACAAUUGACAGAUUCAUUUGACGUUCCCGAUGUGAACGAACUUGCGGUCCCUCAGUUGAUGGACACCUCCACAUUCAAUCAUAUUAUCAAGCUGCGACUCACGAAUGCCGCAGUCUACAAAACCUUCCACUCCAUACGAUGCGGUCCAAUGGGAUCAGUGGAGCUGGACACAACCCGCCAAGCGUAUUAUCUUAGCCUGAACCAAUGGCUCAUCAGUGCACCACGCUACAUCGGCGCGGUUUCAACAUACCAAUCAACCGAGUGGUUCCAAAUCGCUUUCCACCAUGCCGUUCUCUCUCUAUACCGCCCAUCUCGUGCGGCACCGAUGCCAUCCUCUGACGACCUUCGAAUUUGCACCGAGUCUGCCAUUGGACUGAUCACAUCUUAUAGCUCUCUCUACGCAAGAAACCGGAUCAAAUACACUUUUGUGGCGAUCCACUCACUUUUCUUGGCUGCUGUGACGAUGCUUUACGCUUUGCGUGCAUCCCAGCAACUACGCCAAGAGCUGACCAAGCCAGUCGUCGAAACCAAUAUCCUCACUUUCCUGACCCUGUUCCGAGGCAUCUCCGACGGUCGCACAAUCGGCGAAAAGUGCUCUGGCAUUGUCGAGCGAUUGGCUAACUCGCUUUUGACACUCUUCGACGUUGGCCCAAUCCCUGACGCCGAUGUCGACGUGGAAUUUCAGUCAUGGUUUGGUCUGCAGACUCAUGCAGUUGUCACACCAGCCAGGAAUGAAGAGCUCGCUGGUGAAUUCCCCGAUGUCAGAGUCGAUCUACCCUGGGCGGACCUUUUUACAGAAGGAUUCGACAUGGGGGCUGCUGAUCUUUGGAGUUAUUCAUUCUUGGAAUGA